GAGGGAAAGGGGGAGAGAGAGAGAGAGACACACACACACACGGCGCUGCCGGUUACUCGGGGGCGUUGGGCCCCAGUCAGAGUUUGGGAAGAUGUCUGAUGCAGCUGAUAUCUGCCCUCAUCUGGAUUCCAUAGGCGAAAUCACCAAGGAAGAACUGUUACAGAAAUCUAAGGGAACAUGCCAGUCUUGUGGUGUUGGUGGACCGAACCUCUGGGCCUGCCUUCAGAAUGGCUGCUCCUAUGUCGGAUGUGGGGAAUCGUAUGUCGACCAUAGCACUUUACACGCACAGGUUGCAGAGGCUAAGAAGCACAAUCUGACCGUGAACUUGACUACUUUCCGGGUUUGGUGUUACGCUUGUGAGAAGGAAGUUUUCCUGGAACAGCGGCCAGUCACUCCCAACCAGGCCCAAGCAAGCCGGCUAACAGACCAGGACUCUACAUUACCUCCUGCCAGCCACCCACUCAAAGCUGUGCCCAUUGCUGUAGCGGAUGAGGGAGAAUCAGAAUCUGAGGAUGACGAGUUAAAGCCAAGAGGGCUAACAGGAAUGAAGAACAUUGGAAACUCUUGCUAUAUGAAUGCUGCUCUUCAAGCUCUGUCCAACUGCCCUCCACUCACCCAGUUCUUUCUAGAAUGUGGAGGUUUGGUUCGUACAGACAAGAAGCCAGCUCUUUGCAAAAGCUACCAGAAACUCAUCUCCGAACUUUGGCACAAAAAACGUCCUAGCUAUGUUGUUCCUACAAGCCUUGCCCAUGGGAUUAAACUGGUUAAUCCUAUGUUUCGAGGUUAUGCACAACAGGUAAGGCAGGCCGGUUACAUGCAACAGGAUACCCAGGAAUUUCUCCGCUGCUUGAUGGAUCAGCUCCAUGAAGAGCUCAAAGAACCUUUAACAGAGCGCGACACCGACUCCUCAAGUGACACGGAUGAAAAGAGAGACGGUGACAGGAGCCCGUCUGAGGAUGAGUUUCUCUCCUGUGACUCGGGAGCCAGUAGUGAUAAAGGGGAGGGGGAGAGCAAGAGCAGGUGCUCUUCGGAGAAGCAAAUUGAAACUGAACUGUUGAUCCAAGACGAUUAUGGAAAAGGAAUCUCUGAAAAGGAAAGACAGAAGGAUAGAAAGUUUUCGUGUGGACAACACAGAACCGGAUCGGUGGAUGCGAUCGAUGAAGAUGCAGAUGUGGACACGACCAUGAGUUCUGGGGACGCUGGAGGUUCUGGCGAUGCCAGACCUGCGGUGGUUUCUCCAAGUCCCCGUAGGACACCAGAACCUGACAACGAUGUGUACAUGCGAUGCUCCUCACGACCCUGCAGCCCCAUCCACCAGGAAGCUCAUUCCAAGUUCUCCAGCACUCCUCCUCGAUCGAGUCCGAUCAGGACAGGAGCAACCUUCUCUCUCAAAAAAGCCCAGCUUCUCUUGACGACCAAGAAGAAAAAACAGCCCAAGUAUCGCAGUGUGAUCUCUGAUAUCUUUGAUGGCUCCAUAUUGAGUCUGGUUCAGUGCCUCACUUGUGACCGGAUUUCUUCCACAGUGGAAAUGUUUCAGGACCUGUCUUUGCCGAUCCCUGGUAAGGAAGACCUGGCAAAACUCCAUUCCUCCAUCCACCAGACGUUACCAGUGAAGACUGGCACUUGCGGAGAUGCCUACGCAACUCAGGGUUGGGUAGCAUUUCUCAUGGAUUAUAUUAGAAGGUUUGUCGUGUCCUGCAUCCCGAGCUGGUUCUGGGGUCCUGUGGUGACUUUAGAAGAUUGUUUAGCUGCCUUUUUUGCUGCUGAUGAGUUGAAAGGCGACAAUAUGUACAGUUGUGAGCGAUGCAAGAAGUUAAGAAAUGGAGUCAAAUAUUGUAAAGUCCUUAAACUGCCAGAGAUUCUUUGUAUUCACCUAAAACGCUUUCGCCAUGAAGUGAUGUACUCCUUCAAAGUAAAUAGCCAUGUCUCCUUCCCAUUGGAAGGACUUGAUCUUCGACCCUUCCUGUCCAAGGAGAGUCCAUCUCAAAUUACAACCUAUGAUCUUCUGUCUGUGAUCUGCCAUCAUGGGACUGCAGGGAGUGGUCACUACAUUGCCUAUUGCCAGAAUGUAAUCAAUGGGCAGUGGUACGAGUUUGAUGACCAGUACGUCACUGAGGUGCAUGAGACGGUUGUACAGAAUGCUGAGGCCUAUGUCCUUUUUUACAGGAAGAGCAGUGAAGAGGCUGUGCGAGAGAGGCAGAAAGUUGUUGCUUUGGCCAACAUGAAAGAGCCCAGCCUCCUCCAAUUCUACAUUUCCAGAGAGUGGCUGAACAAGUUCAACACGUUCACUGAGCCCGGGCCAAUCAGUAACCACACCUUCCUCUGCUUACAUGGAGGUAUUCCUCCUAACAAAUACCAUUACAUUGAUGAUCUGGUGGUUAUUCUGCCCCAAAAUGUGUGGGAAUAUCUUUAUAACAGGUUUGGAGGUGGCCCGGCUGUGAACCAUUUGUACGUCUGCUCAAUUUGCCAAGUAGAAAUCGAAGCUCUCGCGAAAAGGAGGAAAAUGGAAGUGGACACCUUUAUAAAGCUAAACAAAGCGUUCCAGGCAGAGGAGUCUCCCAGUGUUAUUUACUGCAUCAGUAUGCAGUGGUUCCGGGAAUGGGAAGGCUUCGUUAAAGGAAAGGACAAUGAGCCCCCAGGUGCAAUAGACAACAGCAAAAUAGCAGUGAACAAAGGUGGCCAUGUGCAACUUAGACAAGGUGCUGAUUAUGGCCAGAUAUCGGAGGAAACUUGGAGCUACUUGUAUACUAUUUAUGGCGGAGGACCAGAAAUCGCCAUGCGGCAGACUGUAGCUCAAGCCGAGAUGGAAAGCCUGCAAGGAGAACGGAAAAUAGAAGCGGAAACUCGAGUUGUGUGACCACAAAGCUGCCAAAAUAUAUAUAAUAGAUGGAAAGGUCAUGUUUUAAUACUGAACUCAAGGAACUGAGUGCUGCAAAGUUUGCACCUGUGAUGAAUCUACGUGAGCACUUUGUAAUUUAAUUGUAGAUUUUUUUAUUGUUUUUUCCUUUCUGACUUAAUGUACGGAUAGAAAAGGAAUAUGUGGCAUUAAAUAUUGUAUAGUAGACCGUCCUAUGACAACACUAAACCUGUACUUCCGUAACUCUGUAUUUCCUCAACAUAAGGCCUACAUUUAUGUCUGUCCAAUGUGCAUCUAUAAAACCAGGUUGCUUCAUUAAGCAAAAUCUGUCUUAUAUAAUUCACUGCAUUGAAGACAUCCAUUCCAGCAUUCUACCUCCUAAUCAGGAGAACUCAAGGUUUUUAGUAACAUUGCUUAUUGGCUCAUCUUUAGCUCACUACUUCUCUAGUGCAUUACUUCUGUAGCUCAUUGCUAUAAUGCAAGUGACCUCCAUUUUGCAUUGGUGUGACUGUGCAAGUUUGGUUUUCCUCAAGGCUAAUCUUGAUUAUUGUCAAGACAGUAGGUGGGACAAGGAGUUUGUUUUUUUUCCGAAGUUAUUUCCCAUAAAUCUUCGUAAUUGGUACCGUGACUAAAGUUAACCAACCCAUCGAUUAUGAUUUUGUGCAGGGCUUUUGUUUUUAGUUCGUAGGUGAGUGGCGCACACUGGGUUUGAAAUUCCUUUUUGUGUGUUAAUAACUGGUGCAAUGUUAAGAUGUUUGCAUUCGGAGACCAAACUUGCAGCCGAGCCAGGUGCAUGGCAUCGCGUCUAAAUUCUCUUCCACUUUGGGCACUCGUGGUGACUGUUGCAGUGCUAACUUACAAUACUGUACAAACUUUAGGCUGAUAUUUUGUGUUGACACAGAUUUGGUUCACUCUCCCCCUCUCCUUAUAUUAAAAAAAAACUUUUUUUGUC